GCAUUGGUACUAAGGGCAGCUUUUGAUUCUGUGCCAUGUUGGCAUUUGGCUGCUCCGUUUUCUCUGUAGAAGAAGGAAAGGGCUGAUCUCCGUCUUGUUUCCUCCCAGGGAUUUUGAUUUAUCUGAUCUCAGGAGCCAGCACUACGUUGUGGGGCAGUGGGUGCCUGUGAGAUCUGGGCAGGGUGUCUGCCCAAAACUAGAGCUGCCUCAGAGGAGAUUUACCAUCGCACUUCCUGGGACCAGGACAGCGCGCCCAGGUUGGCAUCGACAUCGGUCUGCCUGUCUUUGCUUUGUCGAGUGCCCGUUUCAUGUCCUUCACUUCUGGAGAGCCUUGUGCCAGGUAAACGCAGAGAACAUGGCGAGCGGUGGCUUUAGGUCACACACCCCAUCUUCUUCUAACACAACGGAUUUCUUGGAGGAAUGGAAGGCCAAGCGGGAGAAAAUGAGGGCGAAGAUGUAUGCGGCUGAGAUGGCGGGCACCUCUGGGGCGACGGACAUAGUGAAUAAGACAAGUAGUGAGAUGAACAAUAAUAACAGCAGUGGCAAUGCUCCAAACAGCAAUACCCAGGCGUCUGCUGCCGUGUCUGUACUAAAAGCUCCAGCCAUCAGGAGGACAGAAGAAGACCAGCCUGUAGGCUCCCCUGUAGCGCAGCCAAGAAAGACCCCAGCCCCAGUACAAGAUGGGGUAACGCAGGAUGAAUCGCCACCACCCGCUUCUCAGGACAGUCCAAGUAAGACAAAGGACAAAGGAAAAGGCUGCAGUGGUCCAAGUGCCAGGAAGGGGAAAGGGCAGAUUGAGAAGAGAAAACUGCGGGAAAAAAGGAGGUCUACAGGGGUGGUCAAUAUUCCAUCAACAGAAAGUCCUGAAGAUGAAGACGAUGAAGAAUCUGGACAGAAAGAAAGGAAGAAAGAAGAGACUGUUACCCAGCAAAAUACCCUGCAGAAUGAAUCCUUUAGUAUAGACCCAAGUGACUAUUCGCAGUCGGAAAGAAAUGUGCCAACUCGAUAUAAGAGUGUCAAUAAUGCCCCCGAUGAUGAGAUUUUAAAUCGCCACUCGCGAAGUGACAGGACAAAUUGUAGUCGCUUCAACAAGGACGCACCUGCUAGCCAGGGAAGUUCAUUAGAAAAAAAGAUUGAGGAGCUUGAAAAGGAACUAGCAAAAGAGAGGCAAGAAAAUGUAAGGUUAGUGAAGAUAAUGCAAGACAAAGAGGAGUUAAUUCUGAAAAUGAAGGAGGAAAUUGACUUACUGAACAGAGAUUUGGAUGAUAUAGAAGAUGAAAAUAAACAGCUAAAGCAAGAAAAUAAGACCCUUCUGAAAGUGGUUGGCCAGCUGACAAGAUAGGAGCCGCAAUGACAGUUCGCUGUGGAAACAACACUACUGAUUUUUCUUCAGAUGCAAGGGGGUAGCAUAGGGGAAAUUGGUUAUGGGGAUCUUAAGGCAACCUCUUCGAUGAAGGGGUGUACCCAAUGCUUUUCAAAAUUUGAUAAAAUAGUAGAAUUAUAUAUUUAUUAUUACAGACUGUGUUCUUGAAGGUAACAAAUUGCAGCAGAUUUUAAGGUUUAUAGUUCUGGUUGGGUAUAUAGUGAUUUUGCACCGUCGUGGAAAUAAUCAGUCGAUCGUUUAACAGUCCUUUGCAUUUUAUUUUAUUUUUUUUCAUAUCUGGACUCACAAUGUUUUCCGUGCUCUUCAGCCUAUGAUGGGAGAGAUUGCUCAUGAAACAUCUAGGUCUUGUUAAAUGUAUGUCAAGUGUACCCGAGGCAAGUACAGUGGCCAGGACUGAGUUUCCCCACCCACAAUGUCUGGAGAAAUUUCCCGAGGACAAAGAGUGAAGGAAGAGGAAUGUGAACCUAGUCACUGGAAAGGAAUGUCUCCUGUCUGGAGAGUCCGAAUUUUUACCUGUAAAAUCUAUAAGGUUUCUUUUCUCAUAUUGAAAUCCAUCCACAUUCUGAUAAUACAGCAGUCAUACUAGGGGUAACGAUUGACACUUAAGGUCCCUUUAGACGGGACGAUACAGCAGAUGAUUGAUUGGAAGGAAGGGUCUGCUCGCUAGCAGAGGAAAAAGCUGCCAUUACGUACAGCGAUCUCCUCCACAGUAAGGGUAUGAGAGAUCGCUAAUGUCAUCUCUAGUCUCCAUACUGACUUGUUGUUUGCCGGCAGUAGCACAAUCUGCUGUAGGCAAAUGACGAUUUUUGUGUCCGCACAAACAAUCUGUUACCUGAUGAAUGAACGUUUUGCUUCUUCUUUGAGUAUUUGGCGGCAUCUUUACACUGCCAGAUAAUCGCUAACCAGCGUUCGUAUGAACUCUCGUUAGCGAUUUAUCUCGGCCCAGGUAAAAGACCCUUUAGAUACAUUGUCCUGAUAUACUAAUCUUAUCAUUAUCUCCCCAUGUUAUCUGCUCCAUUGUGGGUAUAUGCAUAUAGAAAGAUGGAGGGAGUGCAGUUCACAAUGAAGUAAGAAUUGUUUACAUGUACCUAUCCAGUUCCUUUUGGGUUUUAAUUUUACCUUGCAAUAAAAAUCUAAUAUCUGAAAAUACUAUAAGGAGCUGUCAUAAUAUGCCAAGGAGCAUAGUGCAUAUGAACUUGUACAGUAGAUGUUUACAGGAUCUAAUGCAAUUACCAUGUUGACAGGGUAUUAUUUUGUGGGAUUAUUGAAAAUCUCACAUAACCACUAGAAUACCUUAAAAAAAAAAAAAAAAAACGGAUAUCCUCUUCUCCAGCAUUGUUCUCAGUGGCGCUGGUCUAGUCCGGGUAUACAGAAGCUUAUCCAGGGACAUCACUGUGUUCAGCUGUCUACAGUGAUUGGCUGAACUUCCCUUAUCUAGGCAACACGAGGAGGACCGGACCAGCAUGGCAGAGAACAAUGACUGAGAAACGGGCGAGUAUCGCUUCUUUUUUAUAACCUAUUCUAUCAUUGCACUGUGCUGCUGUAUGUAUGGGCAGCCUAGUAUGGUGGCAGACUCAAUCUCCUAUUUGCUAAUAUGGCACACAAAAUAUCUGGCUAUUUGGCUGCCACGACUGCUCAGUGAAAACACUGGACACAUAGGGGCGCAUUUAUUAAGACCGGCGUUUUAGACACCAGUCUUAAUAAGCCGUAUACCUGGCGGUGGAUCUACAUAAGUUCAGCGGGUCUCCCUCCACUUCUAAAGGUAAGAUGACGUCCUUGCUGUCUUACUUUUAGACCAUUUUCCAUGCUUAAAAUUGGCGUAGAAAAUGGUAAAUGAGACGGGCCUGCUGCCCCCUGCCCUUACCCACAUCACAAACCCUUUUUUAGACCUAGUGUGAGUGCAGAGAAGCGCAUAUUGGGGCACAAUGAACCCUUGCGCCGCAAUUUGCACCAGAAAUAGGCCUAAUUUAAGCGUAUUUCUAAAUGAUAAAUAUAUAAACAUAUUUUGAGUCUGGUGUAUUUGUGAGGGAAGCGCUCCCCCGCACAGAGGUGAGCUUUAAGUCACUGUGAGGAGGCCCCUCGUGAAUCCAUCGGACCCAUAUGGGGGAGAUUUAUCAGGACGGCAUUUUCUUCACAUUACUCCCCCUUUUCAGAAAAUGAUGUACAAACGGUCCUUGCCCAAACAUUUUUGCAUGAGCGCCUGUUUUCUGGCAUAUGGUAAAGAUAAAUCUGCCCCAAUGUGUCUGUUGUAUUCUUGGAUUACUCCUAAUAGACAAAUGGCAAGUUAUUUUUGUGCCACUUUCACCAAUAGGAGAAUGGAUCUACCGUAUAGAAUGGCAGCAUAGUCUAAUGACAGAUGUGAUUUAAAGGGAAUCUGUCUCCUAAUUUUCACCAAUAUAAUUAAGAGCACUGUCCCACAGAAGA